AUGUCUCCCCCAUACUAUGCUGAUCUUGGAAAGAAGGCCAAUGAUGUCUUCGGCAAAGGCUACCACUUCGGUGUGUUCAAACUUGACCUCAAGACCAAAAGUGAAACAGGUGUUGAAUUCUCCAGUGGAAUCACCUCCAACCAAGAAAGUGGAAAGGUGUUCGGUAGCCUUUCAUCAAAAUACGCAGUGAAGGAUUAUGGUCUAACUUUCACUGAAAAAUGGAACACAGACAAUACACUUGCCACUGACAUCACUAUUCAGGAUAAAAUUGCUGCUGGACUUAAAGUUACACUUGAAGGAACCUUCGCACCACAAACUGGAAGCAAGACUGGUAAACUGAAGACCUCUUUUGCUAAUGAAACUGUUGCUGUUAAUACCAACUUGGACUUGGACCUGGCUGGUCCUAUUGUGGAUGUUGCUGCUGUCCUGAGCUUCCAGGGCUGGCUUGCUGGUGUCCAUGGACAGUUUGACUCCCAGAAGGCUAAGUUCUCCAAGAACAACUUUGCUCUUGGUUACCAGUCAAAGGACUUCAACCUACACACCAAUGUUGACAAUGGAAAGGACUUUGGUGGUUCCAUCUACCAGAAGGUGUCUGAGAAGAUCGAAUGCGGUAUCAGCAUGAAGUGGACCGCAGGAUCUGCCGACACGCUAUUUGGUGUUGGCGCUAAGUUCGCGUUGGACGCGGACGCGUCUCUGCACGCCAAGAUCAACAACAAAUCUCUCAUUGGUCUGGGAUACCAACAGAAACUCCGCCCAGGAGUGGUCCUGACGCUGUCGGCGGCUAUCGAUGGCCAGAACUUCAACGCUGGUGGACACAAAGUGGGCGUCGCCCUUGAGCUCGAGCCCUAA